UCAGUUUGCUGUCUUACCAAGAACUGGCCUGUGCUCCACUGCUCAAGACCCCUCCUUCAUGACCUUGUGCAGGCAAAGUCUUCUCUGGAAGCUUCCACCCACUCUGCUCCCUAUAAAGGUAGGCAGAAUAGCCAGCAGAGCAGAGAGCCUGAGACCAACACAGAAACUUGCAGCUGUCUCCCUCCACCAUGCAGAUCUCCACAGGGCUUCUGUGCCUGCUGCUUGUGGCCACUGCCUUCACCUCCCAGGUGCUGGCUCACCCAGGCUCUAUCCCAGUUUCCUGCUGCUUUGCUAUGACCAGUAAGAAGAUCCCCAAGCCACUGCUGAAAAGCUACAAAAAAAUCACCAACAGCAGAUGCACCCUGAGAGCCAUAGUCUUCAAGACCAAGUUGGGCAAGGAUAUCUGUGCUGACCCCAAGCAGAAGUGGGUUCAGGAUGCCAUAAAGCACCUGGACCAAAUCCUCCCAACCCUGAAACCAUAAACAAUCCCACCUUUUGAGACUGAACCAGAGUCUAAGAAACACUUGAUUCAAUCUCCAUGUGCUCUCAGGUCAUCGCAGCACCGCUCCCCAAGGACUUGGCGUCAUUUACUUAUGGGUGGAACUGGAAGUCAUUCUGUUUGGUGAAGUAAGCCAGACCCAAAAACAUUGUGUAAUUUCUUAAAUCCGCAAAAUCUUAAAGGGGGACAUGAAAGUAGAUGGCAGACUAUUGAGGAAUGUGAUGGAAUAGGAUGGGGACAACUGAGGACAAUAGAGGGGUGAAUAUGAUUAAAGCAGCUUAUGGACAUGUGUGAAGAUACCAUAAUACAAUCCAUUAUUUUGCACAAUUAAUAUACACUAAACUAUUAAUAUCUUAAAACACUUUACAUGUAAAUAAUUGGGGUUUUAAAGCAUAUUUUUCAUGGAUAGCAGUUCUUUUUGUUGUUUACUUGUUUGUUUGAGAUAGUGUCUCACUGUAUCACUCUGGCUGACCUAGAACUCAAGUUAUAGGCCAGGCUGACAAACUCACAGAGAUCUCUCUGUCUCUGCUUUCUGAGUGCUGGGAUUUUAAAGGUGCAUGCCACCAUGCUAAGUCAAAGGGUAUUAUAUUAGUAUAAACUAAUUACAUGUAACAAAAUAUUUCACUACAACUUUUUCUUACAUGUCGUUUUUAAUAUCUAAAGCUUUGAGGAGAUUCCUUUGUGUGAGUCCUGAUUAAGUCCUCUUGUGGUCUCCCCAUAUAUCUGGCAAAGGCCACCAUUGUGGAAAUGUUUUUGUAUUGUCGGGAGGAUGUUGUUAUUGUGGAUGUAAGGUGUGUGGUGUUAAAUGGAAGUGAACUGGUUUGGGCAUUCAUAAAAUCCAUGCAUAUCUCA